CCGUCAUCCACACCCCUCGCCAUGGCAGACGACGCCGCCAUCCUCGCGGUCGACGCGGGGCGAUUCACGGGCGAGGGCUCCGACCUCUCCCUCCUCCACUACCUGCGACAGGUCGAUGGAGCGCUGGACACGUUGACGCCCGACGCGAUCCUCCCGCAUGUCGCCGUCCUCCACGCCCUCUUCCUCCGCCUCCUCGUCCCCAAUCCCCAGACAACCACUGCCACCGCUCUCCCGAAGCCUGGACGCCCAAUACGCCAUCUUGCUGCGCGCGUGCUGGUCAAAUUGCACAACCGAGUUGAGAGUCAUUCACUCUUCGACCUCGUGCAGGCCCUCCUCCGUGGCGUAGAUGGCGGGAACAAGUCGAUGUCUGCGCUCGAAAAUGUGCAGCGCGUUGCUAGCUGGUACACUGUCGGCGAGAUCAUCAAGGAACACGGCGGCAACAUGAUGUCGUUCAUGGCCGAGAUCUGCACUUUGGCGCUCAAGGUCCUCCGGAACUCCAACUUCUCCGUCAUCUUGCGAACCCAUGCCGUUUCAGCAUUCUACAAGUCGCUGGUGUCGGCCGGUCGAGCGCUUCCCGAUGCUCUCGUCAAGGACCUCCUCAAGCAGCUCCGCUCGGGGUUACAGGACAAGGCGCUUCCCGUCCAGAGAGUGUGCGCUGAGACUUUCAUCAACCUGCAGCUUUACUCGCCUGUUUUGCAGCUGCAGCCGACACUGGAAAUGAUCACGCCCCUCGCUCUGAAGGGCCUUGAGAGCGCAGAUUAUCUCACGAGACGCUCGCUAUGCCGCAUGCUCGCACAUUUCCUUGCAGCGACGCAGACGCCUGGCUCAGGCAUGGCCCCUCCGGAGCCCAGGAAACCACCAGUUAAGAAGACGACAGGCGACGCUGAGGAGCUGGAUGACUCGGGCCCACAGAUCAUCACAUCGGCGCCGGAAGACAAGGUCAAACCCAUGUUCACCACCGAUCAGAUGCUCAAGUACCUGUCCGUCCCGUAUAACCGGCCGAACACUGUUCGCAAGCUACGAAACGCCCUCAUCGACGUGUACGCAACCCUUCUCACCCAGCUCGGCCCUGAUUACGUCGAGGCGCACUACAGCGAGAUCGUUGCGCACAUCGUCGACGAGAUUGUGCUCUCUCCCAAGGGGCUCAGCACUCGUUACGAGAUUCUUUCCACGCGCGAGGCUGCUGGGAUCCUUCUCCGCGACCUCGUGGGAGUGAGCAUGCUGUCUGAAGCAGGGCAGGUCAACGCUCUCCGUGAAUGGGGCAACAGCUACCUCCGCAAGUGGAACGCGACGCCGCUCGCAGGGCAGCGUAAUCCGCACAAGCAGGCGCUCAUUGUCGCGCUGCGCGAGGUUUCCGGUCUGCUUGAACAGCUCGGCAAUGCACCACCAUCGAUCAUCGAGCUUCUGGCCGAGCCUCUGGUCCGCCUUCUGUCGCACGAGUCCUACUCAGUCCGUCUGCAGGCAGCGGCCACUCUUCGUCGUUUCUGCACCACGAACCCGAACCAGCUUCCUCACCUCUUGGGUGGCCUGCUGGCGGAUGUGAACAAGGAUCUCGGCCUUCUCGGGACGCCGGCGACGCCGAAGGAAGUACCCGCCCGUGUACUCGGCAAGGCCUUCGCCCUCGGUGCGCUGGUGGCCACAAGCCCAUCGCGUCCGCUGUACGUGUCCAGUGAUCUGCCAUCCAAGGUCUUCGACAUGUCCUUCUCGUUGCUCAAGCGCGCCGGUGACCACGACGUUGCGCCGGCCACCAUCGAGGUGCAGGUCGCCUGGCACCUCAUUGCAUCGCUGAUGUCCCUCGGCCCUGGGUUCGUCAAGCUGCACCUUCCUCAGCUUCUCGUUUUGUGGCGCAACGCGCUCCCGAAGCCGACGAGCAAGGACGCGUCGGUAGGCGACCGCGGUGAAGCUGACUGGAACUUCUUGCUGGUAGUGCGCGAGAGCGCGCUGGGGGCCAUUCACAACUUCCUCCAGCACAAUAUGUCCCUCGUCAACAUCGAUGUCGCGCGUCGCCUCGCCACUCUGUUCACUAACACGCUCAACUUUGUCAAUGGCUUUGCUACCGCCUACUCCGAGUUGUUGCGCGAACAGGCGGCCAAUCCACAAGGCGGUACCUCGCAUGCCUUCACGAUGCGACCAUCCCUGGUCGAGCGCGAAGCUAAUCUUCGUCGCCGUGUGCUCCAGUGCUUCAGCGGCCUCGGUCCAUCCUCGGCCACGGAAACGAUGCAGCCCGCUCUCAUGCAGGCGGCUAUUACGGUGUUUGCUGAUCCGGAGAACUACUCUGGCUCUGCGGCCCAGGCAGCGAUUGCCGCCCAGGCGGGUCAGUUUUCAAGCGUGUGGCAGUCAACCGACGGAUACGCGUUUGGUGUGACAAGCCUGCUGGCAGCUCGGGAGCGCGAGGGUGGCUCGACGGAUGAGGACGUGUUCCUUAACCGCGACCGAGUCGAAAUGUCCAUUGAGUCACAACUCUCACAUCCCAUCAUUGGCUCGCUGGAGCACGACUACGUCACUUUGUUCGCACGCGACCUCAAGUCCGACACGCCGAAGCCUGCUCCCGCACAGACAGGUGUUAUCGACGCGGGCGUGGAGCUUUUCUCCACGCUUUUCGCCCACCAGAACCUUGAAGGUCAGGUCCAGAGCCUCGCAACGCUUAGCAGCCAUGUUCGUUCGUCUAAGCUUGAGCGCAACCCUGGACGCAAGCAGGCCGUCGUUGGAAACACAAUGGAGGCGCUGUGCCGCUCCUUGGUGCUCGCCGACGCGGCAGGCGCUCGCGCACGGAGGUCACUGGGCAGCCAGCAGGUCAGUGACGUGAUCAAGGCGCUCCUUCAGGACGCGGUUCUCGACUCAAACUCCAGUAUCCGCGGCGCGGCUGCCCGCGCCAUGGGCCAUAUCUCUAGCCUCGCCGGCAGCAACUACCUCUCGUCGCAGGUGCAAUGGCUCGUGGACCAGGUCGUCAACAACCGCGUGCCGGAUAGCCGUGCAGGAUGCGCGGUGGCAUUCGGCGCAAUUUACAGCAGCGUCGGUGGCAUGUCGGGUGGCCCCAUACUUAAGACUAUCGUCAACAUCCUCAUGUCGCUCGCGACUGACCCACACCCCGUCGUCCACUUCUACGCACUCGCUGCGCUCACCGAGAUCGUCAACGCGGCAAACCUGUCGUACUCGCCGUACGUGCACACGACUUUGGGCAUGAUCGCAAACAUCUACCUCCUCGAGACCCACGAGCCAGACGGUGGCUCAUUGGGCAGUGUCAACCUCCGUGGUGAUCUCCCGGCUUACCAGGUCAUUUGCCGGCUGCUUCAUGCCCUCAUUGGCGUCCUUGGUCCUGAGUUGCAGGAGCCUGGCAAAGUCCGGUCCCUCGUCUUCCUCCUCGUGCACGAGUUCCGCGAGGAGACCGAUGAGGGUCUCGCAGUGGAGGCGAUUAAGUGCAUACAGCAAAUCCUCAUGUUUGCGCCCGGUGAGGUGGACGUUCCUAAGCUUGUGUCUUCCUUCCGGCAGUACCUCGCGUCGACGCGACGGCCGCUCAAGGUCGCCGCCAUUACCGCGCUGUAUCAGAUUGUCCAGCGCGACGCACUGCUCAUGUCCAAGAUUGGAGGUAACCAGCUAGUUGAGGAGCUCUUUGGUCUUUUGGACAAGGACCCGACGAUCGAGGGCGUCAAGGCGGUCAUCACGAGCUGGUUGCAGCAGACCGCCGCAACGCUGCCGUCGGGUUGGAUCGACUUGUGCCAGCGCAUCAUGACGCGCACUCCAGGUGCCAAGGCUGCUGCGCCGGCAGCCGCGAAGUCCGCCAUCCCUAUGUUUGUCGAUGACGAGGGCGCGUCGCUGGGAGGCGAUUCAGCGGACCGUGGGUCAACGCUCAGCUCGCGCUGGCGCACGCAGAAGUUCGCCCUCGUCUGCCUCCACAAUAUUGUUGUUGCCGUUGCCGACCAUGGCCGUCCGGAGAACUUCAACCCCGUGCUCGCACGUCAGUCUGGCCUCAAAGCGCGUCACCUUCUCUUCUCUCGCGUCGCCGAUCUCAUCCGCAUGGCGUUCUCAGCCUCGGCAGCGAUCGUCGAGGACGUCCGUUUGGAAGGUCUAUUGGUGCUCAGAGAUGUUGUGCAGUACUUUGCAACGGCACCCGAUCCGGACUUUGACGGAGCGCUGCUCCUGGAGCAGCACCAAGCGCCGAUCGCUGCAGCGCUGACGCCGUCCUUCGGCUCGGACUCGACACCUGAGGUGCUUGCGCGUGCAGUACAGGUGUGUGCUGUCUUCGUCGGCUCAGGCGUUAUCAAGGAGGUCUCGCGCAUGGGGCGUAUCCUCAAACUCCUGACAGGGGCUCUUGAGCAGUGCAAGGACGGCGAGAUGGUGUCUCUCGGUGACGUCAAGGAUCUGUCGAGUUCGGCGUCCGUGAUGCUCAAGAUCUCGAUCCUCGCCGCUUGGGCGGAGCUGCAAGUCGCAUCGACCAAGCAGGCGUACCUUGUCGAGGUUAUUAAGCCGUACCGCUGGCUUCUCGGUCCCUUCUGGGUCGGUGCGCUGCGUGACUACGCAUACCUCCGCACCGAUCCUGAGAUGGGUGCUGGGGCAGCUGCUGGGAUGGACCUGGGCACAGGCAUGGGCCGCGAUGUCCUCUUGCCCUACUACGAGAAGGCUGUGCCCAAGUUGCUGCACGCUGUGGCAAUCGGGCUUGUGGCCAACGACCCCUUCGUUAUCGGCGCAGUGGACGGGCAGACAUUCACGUCUUCUUCUGAGCCCUCCGCCUCGUCCGCUCCGGCAAUCCGUCCUGAACCCGCCACCAAUUUCUAUGUCCUGUACGGGCUGGCGUUUGAGUGCCUCACCCGCGCUUUGGGGUCGGACCCUGCCAUGGCGAGUGUGACACUGCGCACCAUGACGAGUCUCGUUCGUCCCCAGCUGUCGGGCACGACCGUAUUCGAGGGCGCAUUCUUCGACGAGUUGUGCACUAUUUGCUACCGCAUCGCGAUGAGUGAGAGCGCCGCGGUGAAGUCUGAUAUGGUCGAGCUUAUCGCCACAUUUGCGAUCAGCCGCAAGGGGAGCACGGGCUUUGACGCGGCGCAGGUGCGGCGCGCGCUUGCUGUCGUCGCCUUUGUUCUUCGGCAGACCAUCCCCGCUCCGGGAAUUGCGUCCAACUUCUCCCACUCCGAGGCCGCCGCCGACCGCGUCGCAUUCAUCCGCUCAGGCUUUGCCGCGUACUCUCGCAUUGUCGACGUCAUGGAGAUGUCCCAGCGCGCCGAUCUGUCGGCAGUCGCCAUCCACCUCUUCUCGGAUCUUCUGCACGACGAGACGCCGGGCAUGGACCUCGCGGGGCAGUGCCUGCCAUCGCUCAAGCAGCUGCUCGACCAGACGCUCAGCUCGCAGGUCCCGACGAUUGGUGCUACGAGCGAGCGCGUUGUCCACGGACUGCUUGGAGCCUGCCUCUCACACAUUGACGACAUGCGUUCGCGCGUGAAUGCCAUUGCCAACAUCAAGAUCAAGAAUAACAUGUUGGCACUUGUGCUGAUCCUUACUACGCUUCCACUGGGUGUGCCCGUCUCCAAGCCGGUCAUUGAGCAAACGGUGUCUGACAUGGCGCGGUACAUGACGCCAGCCGCGAUGGCGGAACGACCAGAGCUGGGCCUUACCCCUGUGCACUGCGCGACUACUCUCCUCCAGGCAUCGCUGCGUCAGUUGCCCGGGGCACCGCCACGGCCGUCGCCAGCACUGCAGCAUGCGACGUUGUGCGUCAUCGCCGCACUGGUAUCGUACGUGGCAGAGGUGGUGGUGGCCACCGCCGCCGCCGACGACGCAGCAAGCGUGCCGCUCGACGGUGUACGUGAAGUGCUGCGCGGCCUGGUGGCAUGGUGUGCCGGCCUCCCCGAGUCAGCCAAGCCGAGGGGAUACGGCGUGCUUCUCCCAACUCUAGCCCUCCUGCUCGACCCGGCCGAGCAGCAGCCCGCGAGCCCGCUUCAUUUGCUUGCCACAGCGACGAUGCUGGGCCUGGCGCAGAGUGCACCCAAGGCAUUCAAGGACGCGACACAGGCCAUGCCCGAGGGCGAGCGUGCACAGCUCGAACGAGCGGUGCGGGAGGCGGUGAGUGCUCGGUCUGGACCUAUGCCGCAGCAGCAGCAUCGCGGGGGGCAGGGUAUCGAGCUGAAGAGUUUCGGAAGAUAAGAUAAUUUUAUGCAGAGGCGCAGAGAGGUCGAUUAUUCACGUGAGAUUGAGGGUGGUGGUAGAUUGGCUCGGGGGGCUUAUGAGUUGAGUAGAGUUAAUUUGGGAUGAGUGGGGAUGACAUGAGGAGAUGAAGAUG